AUGUCACAAAACGCGAAUUCCGACGAAACAGCAGCUUCCGGGCAAGUACCGUCCGCCGAUCUGCUAGAACGGCUGCUGAGUGCGAAACCAAAGUUGAAAGAAAACCGAUGGGAUCGUAUCAGGAGGAAGCACUUGAAUAACAUCACUGUCACUUCGAAAACGGUGAAACGUUUCUUCAAUAUGGAUUUUAUUGACGAAAGUCAAUUGAAAAUUUUAAACGGAGACGGGAGACCACCCAAAGCUGGCCUUAAUCCGGUUCUUGUGAUGGAUAUCAGACAUGAGAUGAUCAAACGCAAACCCAAAGGAAGUCAGGAUAAGAUGCCACUGAAUCCUGUCCGAGCGUACCAACAAGAGCAGCUUGAGAAUCACAGGAAGAUCAUUGAAACUACAUUGUUCGAAAACGAGCUCAAUAAAUUUCGCAAAGAAAUCACGAACGGUGGAACAAAUGGCAAAAAGGCUCAGAUCAGUGAACAAAAGAAGAGCUUCUUAUUGAUUGAUCUACCGAAAAUCGAUAACAGCAUCAUCUACGAAAGCUUACAAGAAUGCGAAAAAUUUACGAACGAUUUCUACCAGAGUGCAAUUCAUGGAACUGAAAACUUGCUUAGACAAUGUCGGCAGGAGGAUAUUAGGAUGUUUAAGGAGCCAGCUACAAUAGAGGAAAUUCGAGAUGGGACAGAAAAUUCUAACUUCGAUCAGAUCGAAUUCAAGCAAGAUUGCGAAACUGAAAAUGAAAAACCUGAAGAUGAAGAGAAUAAAACCGUACGUUUUGGAGACACACAAUUAAUUACCUAUCCCGCUGAAGAGUCGUCUUUCUCUCUAGAUGGUUCAGAAUAUGAUUUCGACGAUAACGAAUUAUUCUUGGAAUCACUCGAUUCCGACCUGGAUGAGUUCGACGAAACGGAAUUCUUAUCCACGGAAAGUAUAUCAGAACUUGCCAACGAUGAUGAAGCACAAACAGUAUUUCACUCCGAUUCAGGCGAUUUUUACUUUACAAUAACGCGUGUGGAAGACUCAAGUGGAUCAUCCAAAGAAAACAGCAACGAUUUUGGUAAAGAAAAACUUACAUAUAACUACGAUUCACCGGAAGUAACCGAAGACCCGAUUAUCCCACUGGAGAAAAAUGAUCUGCUUAUGGGUAGACGAUGUGAAAUGGAGGAAAAAGACUACAGCAAAUUACGUAUUACAAAUUACAAACCAGAGAUAAUGAUCAAUGACGACAGGAUUGAAAUUUCGGAAGAAUCACGUAAAGUGAUUAGUGCUGCGUUGAAAGAAGGAUUUCUACAGAACUACGAUCGUGCACUGCUUAAGCAGUAUUUCUUCAAAUGGCUGCAAUUCACAAUUUUGGAAAAGAUUUCCAAAGGUACCGGCAUUACAACGACACGCGAGCAAAAGUUGAAACGCAUCAAUGAAUUCAUCAACAACGUUCGCGCAAACAAGAAAAAAACUUCCAAAGCCGCGGUACCCAAUACGCAAACAAUUCACGUUAAGAAAGACUACGAACACCGCCUGAAGGUUCAACAGGAUAUCAUAGAACUGCAGAAGCUAAAACUAGAACGACAGGAGCGUAUCAUCACUGAAUUAAAACUGUCGAAAUUUUCCGAAGCAGCGAAACUCUCCAAGAUGGAAAUACAAACCGAACUGCACAAAGCAAUGCGAACGGGAAACGUGCGCCUACGUGCCAAAGCCAAGUGCAUUCAAAUUGUGGGAAAUAUGAAAAAUGACACUGCCGAGGCGGACGAACUUCGCAAGCUGCAAGCCCAAGGGCUGAUGAUACCGAAAUUCCUGGCCAAGAUGCAGCAACGAGCUCUCGACCGUAGCCAACGUCACCAAGAAGCUAAGGAACGUCGCACACGUUUGGAGAGAGAACGAGAGGAAAGUAAAAUGGCAGCUGAAGAAGCAAAACGGCUAGAGGAUGAGGAAGCUCGUAAGAAACGUUACCGAGAAAUGCGUGAGAAGCGCAAACUGGAAAAACUGCAGAAGAUAAUACGCGAACAGGAAAGGCAAGCUUGGAUAGCUAACAAUCAGAUUGCCAAGGAGUUUCGUUUGCUGAAGCUCAAGCGUCUCGGAAUGCUGUCGUUCAAGCUACUCCUUGGAAUUAGGAGAGACAACGAACGCCGUGCAAUGGCCGCUCGCAGGAGAUACUACAAGAAAAAGUACUUCCGUAAAUGGUGGGGUUUAACCAACUCACUGUGGGAAAGUAAAAAGCAAAAGGCAGAUGAGCUGGCACACUCGAAACUCAUGCUACUGGGACUGAAUUCCUGGAAAGAGUACUGCUACGAGCAACGGAAAAAGAUGCAGGUAGCCACCGACUGGUACGAGGUACGUCUCUCGGAAAUGGUUGUCUCGACAUGGAUCGGUCGUACCAAACAAGCCCUCUUGAUACUGCAAGGAAAAAUGUCCCACGCAGCUUCUCACUAUGAAUGGCAACUCAAGUGGAAGGUAUUCGAACGCUGGCAAAGACUGCACAUUAUUUUGAAGAUUGAAAAAGAGACUGAACAACGGCGCCAACGCUGGCGGAUGAAGAUCUGGGAAUUACUGCCGGACUACAAACCGAUCGAGGAGGAGCUGUAA